AUGGCACAGAACAACAUUGCCGUGCUUGACACAUCCAUCGCGGACCGUCUGCCCGCAUCAUCCAAAACCCUCUUCGACGCCAAAGCCAGCAAAGGUCUAACAUUCGAAGCCAUCGCCCAAGCACUAGGGCGCAGCGAAGUCGCCGUCGCCGCGCUCUUCUACGGCCAAGCCGCCGCGUCUCCGGAGGACGUGACCAAGCUCUCCGCUUUGCUCGGCGUUCCCGAGGCCACGCUGCGCUCCCAGCUCCUGGGAUUUCCGGACCGCGGACGUGCGGGUCCCAUGCCGCCUGUUGAACCGCUCAUUUAUCGCUUGUAUGAGAUUGUGCAGAAUUAUGGGUAUGCGUAUAAGGCGGUUCUGAAUGAGAAGUUGGGCGAUGGGAUUAUGAGCGCGAUUAGCUUUAGUACGAAGGUGGAGAAGGAGACGGAUGCGCAGGGGAAUAAUUGGGCUGUUAUUACGUUGAGGGGGAAGUGGCUUCCUUUCUCAAGAUUCUAGAUAUGCUUGUUGCUGCUCGGCUGCCCAUAAAAUGUCAGGUGUAUUUUUGAUGAACCCUUUGUCUCUAUAUGCAUGCAUGCAUGAAACUUCGAUGCGAAGCUUUCCCUACCUUACC